AUGUCCGAAAAACUCCCCUUCACCAACCCUCCGGCCCCGGAGUCACGCCGCCGCAGGACGGCGUGGUGGUCCCUCAUCCCGGCCGCCCUCCUGCUGACUUACCUUCACGCCCCAUCCGUCGUUCCCUCAUUCGGGGGGCAUCACGGCGGUGCGUCGCCGGCUUCAGGUGCCUGCCACCAAGUCUCCCCCCUCCUCCCAACCCUGACAACCUCGUCUCUGUCUGAGCUGGACAAGUACCUCGACACACCCAAGUUCCGCAACGAGACCGUCGCUCGCCUCUCUGGCGCCGUGAAAAUCCCUACAGAAUCUUUCGACGACUAUGGAAAGGUGGGCGAGGACGACCGCUGGGACAAGCUGUUUGCCUUCUCCGAAUACCUACUCAAGACCUUCCCCAAGGUCCAUGAGCACCUGAAGCUUGAGAAGGUCAACACCCACGGGCUGUUGUACACUUGGCAGGGCUCUGAUGCGGAGCUGAAGCCGACGGUUUUGAUGGCCCACCAGGACACCGUCCCGGUCGCCCCCACGACCAUCGACAGCUGGACUCACCCUCCUUUCAGCGGCACCUACGAUGGAAAAUUCGUUUGGGGACGCGGAGCGAUGGACUGCAAGAACUCGCUCAUCGGCAUUCUAGAGUCCGUCGAGUUGCUUCUUGGUGCCGGGUUCGAGCCAAAGCGCACUCUCGUCCUCUCUUUCGGUUUCGACGAGGAGAUUUCCGGCGCUAGAGGUGCUGGCCACCUGGCUCCUACGCUCAUUGAGCGCUACGGCAAGGAUGGUGCUGCCAUCCUCAUCGAUGAGGGAUCCGGUUUCGAUACCCAAUGGGGUCAAACAUUCGCGCUCCCCGGCACCGCCGAGAAGGGAUACAUUGACGUUGAGAUUGUCGUGCGCACGCCUGGAGGUCACAGUUCGAUUCCCCCACCGCACACCGGCAUUGGUAUCGUCUCUGAGAUUGUCACCAAGGUUGAGGGAUCGCCCUACGAACCUGAGCUGCUCCCCGGAAACCCCUACUUGGGUAAGCUGCAAUGCGGCGCCGCAUAUGCACCCGAUUUCCCUUCCAACCUCCGCAAGCUUCUGCCGAGAGGCGAACAGCAGGUCUGCAAGCGCAAGACGGAUCGUCUGGCCAAGGAGGCAGCCAAGGCAGGCCCCCAGGUCAAGUACCUCUUCACCACCUCCGUUGCGGCGGAUAUCAUUGACGGAGGCGUCAAGAGCAACGCCCUCCCUGAAAGGACCCGUGUUCUGGUCAACCACCGCGUGAACGUCGGCGACACCCCCGCCAGCGUCAAGAAGCACCUGACAAAUCUCAUUCGCCCCAUCGCUGAGAAGUAUAACCUUACACUCCAAGCCUUCUCCGGCGCAGCUGAGGCGCCCUCGAGCAUCAACCUUUUGGAUAACGACCGUGUCCUCGAGCCCGCGCCGGUUACACCCACUUCCGUAGAUGGCGUCACGCCCUACGGUAUCUUGUCAGGCACAACAAGAGCUCUGUAUGGCGAAGAGAUUGUUGUGUCUCCGGGUAUCAUGACCGGUAACACCGACACACGCUACUACUGGGAUCUGACGAAGCACAUCUUCCGGUUUUUGCCCGGAUUUGAUCCCGAGAGCGACGAGUGGGCCGGAAUCCAUACCGUUGAUGAGAAGACCAGUGUGAAGGGACAUAUCAACUUGGUCAAGUGGUACACUACCUUUUUGAGGAACAUUGAUGAGGCGGAAUUCCAGUAA